GAGUCACAGGUUCCGGCAUGCACCGCGCGGUCUUCCUGCAGGGGAGGGGGCAGUAGAGGUGUGUCCGCUGCGCGUUAAAGCUGGUUCUCGGUGAAAAAGCCCGCACUCUGCUGCGCCACAUCUGCUCCGCACGGCGUUUCUCCCCCUCCGCGAUGGCCAACUACAUCCACGUACCGGACGGCGCGCCUGUCGUGCCCAAAUUCAACGUGACUGUGGACGAGCACGACUUCAGACCCGGAGCGCUGCGGCUGAUCCAGCAGCUCAGACCGAGCUGGAAGCCCAAAGAGGUCAACAUGAAGUCUUUCACAGACGGCAUCACCAACAAGCUGAUUGGCUGCUACGUGGGCGACGCCCUGCAGGACGUGGUCCUGGUGCGCAUCUACGGCAAUAAGACGGAGCUGUUCGUGGACCGCGAGAACGAGGUGAAGAGCUUCCGGGUGCUCCAGGCCCACCGCUGCGCCCCGCGCCUCUACUGCACCUUCGACAACGGCCUGUGCUACGAGUUCCUCGAGGGCAUGGCCCUGGAGCCAGAGCACAUCCGCAGCCCCUCCAUUUUCAGGCUUAUUGCACGGCAGCUAGCAAAGUACCACGCCAUCCACGCACACAAUGGCUGGGUGCCACAAUCGGAUCUCUGGCUGAAGAUGGGCAAGUUCUUUUCCCUCGUUCCCACCCACUUCGACGAUCCGGAUAAGAACCAAAGGCUGAGCAGCGAGGUGCCCAGCGCGGCGUCUCUGAGAGAGGAGCUGGUGUGGCUGCAGCAGAACCUCUCCAAGCUGGGCUCGCCCGUCGUUCUCUGCCACAACGACCUGCUGUGUAAGAACAUCAUCUACCGGCAGGCAGGAGGGAAUGUCAAAUUCAUUGACUACGAAUAUGCUGGGUACAAUUACCAAGCCUAUGACAUUGGGAACCACUUCAAUGAAUUUGCAGGUCUGAACGAAGUGGACUACAGCCUGUAUCCUGAGCGGAGCCUGCAGCUGCAGUGGCUGAGGGCGUAUCUGGAGGCCUAUAAGGAAUACAAACAGCAGGGCACCCAAGUCUCUAGCACUGAGGUGGAGGUCCUGUACGUGCAAGUCAACCGCUUCGCCCUGGCAUCUCACUUCUUCUGGGGCCUGUGGGCCUUAAUUCAGGCGCAGUAUUCCACCAUCGACUUUGACUUCUUGGGAUACGCAGUUCUCCGCUUUAACCAGUACUUCAAGAUGAAGCCGGAGGUCACGGCGCUGAACUUUCCAGAAUAGUCUCUCUGCUUGUGGUUUUGUGCUCCUCUCCAGUGAAGGGCUCCCUCUAGUGGAUGUGGGCAGUACCAACAGAGCUCUUCUGUCUUAAGGAUUUAAUGCUGCACUUACUAGACUGAGCACAUCGACCUAGGAACAACAACUCUCUGUUCAGCACCUCCUCGAACCUCUUUAGUUUCGUUUACAAACCCCGAGAGCCGCUGCCCUCCACCUCGAACGCCCUGCGCGCGAGGUGCCCCAAAGCCUGGAAGCACAAACAAGGGGAUAAUGCCAGUUCUGCAGCUGAGCACAACGUGGGAUUAGGACCAACAGAGCUCCCAGAGACCAACCCAGGCGUCCUGUUCUCUCCGUACCCUCGAAGGUUCUCGCUCGUUGUGGUCGGAAACAAGUUCAGAACACCCUGACCUGACGCGAGGUGCAGGGGGCAUUUUAGACCGGGGUACCUGGAGCUUACCACACCACUCUCUAUAACCUCUAAGUUAUUUUCGUUUGUUUACAGAUGUUCUCGACGACGCAAAUGUCUGUGGGCUGCAGCGCAGGUUUGCAGCGAAGCCACGCGCCGCCUGCAGAGCUUUAGGCCUUUUAGACUUAGCUUAGACUGUACUUGGCACAGCUGCAGCGAGAUCUGUGAUUUAGGGACCAACGGAAGCUUGGUUGAGCUCUUUUUUUUCUUCUUCUCUUCUUCGUUUCUGAACGUUUCCCGCCACAUCCUGUCACUGUGAACCGCUUCACCACACGUCUCUGUCUCUGUUCGUGAAGGUGCUUAGAGAAGAGCUCGUUCUUUUUCUACAGAGAGCCCUUAUCUGUCAUCUUUAAGGUGAAAGCCUGCACCAAAGCGCUCGAACAAGGUUGCACAUUGUAUUUUUCCACUCGAACUCUGUAUCAUACGUUUACUUUUUUGACAAAAGCAGUUUUUAUACCAGGUUAGGUGGAACUGUUUUUUUGAAGAGGUGCGCACAGUUUGUCGUGAAGCAACUGCUUUUAAAGGUCAUUCACCUGGGUGCCUUAAUGAGGAGACCUUCGGGUGGACGGACCGUGCUCAGACCUCUCUUAAAGGGCCCGUAAUACGGAAAUUCUUUUAUUUAGCCAAAAAAAGCAGUUUGAUGUAGUUUGUGAACGUUUUCGGAACGUGCCGUUCACACCCCAGUCCGUACAUUAGGUUCGCUGUUUUUUGUGAUGUCACAAAAGUGAACUGCAGCAGUUUAGCCCCGCCCACUCACGCAGAAAUUAGCCCGGACUGCCUUUUGAACAAGGCACAGCUUUGGAUCAGAACAGCUCGUUUGAAUAGACGUCUUAAAGGCACGGUAACAAAAACAGCCAGUUUAAUUCUAAGAGACGAAGAGAGGCUGGAAAAUGGUCAUAAAAAUGAACUAUGACUGUUUUUGGUAUUUAAAAGAAAACAAAUGUCAUAAAUGGACUUCAGGGGAAAAAAUAAAGUGCAAGAGAAGUUUUGGGAUACGGGCCCUUUGAAAUAAGUAACUCAAAGUGCAUUAAAAAGGGUUUUUUUUAAUCCUAGUGCUGCAGUCAGUCUCAGUUUGGACUAGUCUUGCACUAUAAACAUUAAAUUUUGUCUAAUUCAAAAUUAGGCUUUUUUUCUGAGUCUUUGAGACCACCCCCAAGAGCCUUUAGGUGUCUCUUCUCGUCUUUCUCUCUUAUCUGCUUGGCUGCAUUACAGCUGUCCAUGUUGUACAUAUAGAUACUGUGAAACAUAGAUACUCUCACCAUAUAUACACAUAUAUCUCGCGCAAGUGUUUCUUAGAAAUAAGAACUCAGUUCAUUGGAACGCAGUUGGGGUGAUCCGUGCCCUGACAAUCAAUGAAGGUGUCCAUCACGAUCCACCAAAUCUCCCAAUCGCUCGCUGUUAUUCACAUAAUCUGGAAAUGGCUUUCAUCUCUGCAUCGUUUAUCAGUGCAGCUGCUCGAUACUUCAAACGGAUGAAGUGCUUCGGAAAAACGCAUCUCUGUACAGUAAAUACAAGCGUCCACUACCAGUUGUAGUAUAUGUGUAUAUGUACAUCUUUAAACACGUAGUAUUUUUGCUUGUGUCUGUUGUAACUGUACAUAGGGGAGAUUUCCUUUUUUUUGUUUUUUAAGAAUGAAAUACUGUCGAGUCAAAUCAGUAACGUUGAAGAAAAGAGAAAUGAGACCGUAGAGUUGAAUUUUAGAUCCUGUAUUUACAUCAUUUGAAUGGAAAUAAAAAGUAAAAGUAU